AUAAUUACCUAUUUAUAUUUUUUCGUUCAGUCGUUAAACUAUUUAAUGUUCCGCUUCGACAAGAGCGCAACAGUAUAAUGGAGAGCUCGGUUAAAGAAAAUAAAUAAUUAAAACGCAACGCAGACUGAAACUGCGCAUUGUGCAAGCGUCAAUCUGAUGGAUUAAGGGAUUCGAAUACUUGCAAGUAAAGAGUAGCAUCUUAAGGACUGGUCGGGGAGCGAGCACGUCGAGUGUUACUUCCAGAUAUUGUUGUUAUUAAUGAAUAUAUGAGUCAGACGCUCAGCACAAGGUGUGGCCAGUCACCCGUGACGGAGCUUGAGCAAGUCUCGGUGAGACAAAACCGCGCGCGGCGCCCUCCCGCGCGACACUCACACACCCGCCAUGCGCCGCGCGCCACCGCUGCUGCUGCUGCUGCUGGCGACAGCCGCCGCCGGCGAGCCGCCGCAAGUCGUCGCCAACGAGUCCAUCGACACGCUCAUCAGUAAUGACACCAUCGUCGUCGACAACCACAACGGCACGCUGGUGCUGCGCGACGUCAACGGCACCGAGAUCGAGCUGGACGGCGCGCCCGAGGAAGUAGUGCGGAAGAAACGGACCUUCGGCGAUAUAGUGUUCAGAGGCUUAGCUGACGUGCUCGGCUACAGUGUGCAGAGGAAGCCUCCUCAAGCUGAGUUCCCGCCUCCUCUUGCACCAGUCCCCGGGAUUGACACUCCAUUGGCUGGACCGGCACCUGCCCCUGCCCCAGCCCCCGCCCCUGCAGCACCCCCGUGUGGGCAGCCCCGCGCAGCUGGACCACCACCCUGCAGGGCUGUAAAGCCGCCCCCGCCACCACCUCCUCCACCCCAACCUAAAGCAGUGCCCCCGUGCCCAAAACCCCGAGCUGCGCCGCGACCCAAACCCAAGCCGACCCCACCACCCCCGCCGCCACCGCCACCACCGUGUGCUCAACCGCGCGCUAACCCGACCACACCCGCGCCUUGCGCUCCGCCGCCGCCUCCGCCACCACCACCCAAACAAGCCGACAACCUCGAGAGGAUCACCUCAAACCUUAGAUUAAACUUCAACUUUAACCGAAGUCCCGCCACUCCAGCUACACAGGCCCCUGCACCUGCCGCCGCGGAGGCAGUUCAAAACGAAGCUGAAGCCCAAGUAGCCACUCCGGCCCAAGCAUCCAAUCAGGCCCAAGACAGUCAGGAACAAUUCGUGCCGAUCCCUAUUGCACCUCGUGCGGCCAAACUACCACAAACCGAGCCGCGCCAGCCGCGCGUAUACGUCGAUGCGUUUGUUGUAAGAAACGGAGUGGCGCGCCGAGUUAAUACAGUUGACGCGAAACAGCUCGAUCCGCAGCGAGCUAACGCUAACGCUAACUUCGAGGACGACUACCUCGCGUACGACGAGGAGGUCGCUCGACAGGCGCUGGAGGACGACGACGACUACGAAGACGUGCAGGAGUCCCGCGACCGCGAAGCAGCAGUGCGUCAGUUUGGUAACGCCGUGGACCAGUUUUGGCAAAAUAAAAGGCAGCAGAGAAAGCCAAUUCAGCAGAAGGCUCAGAAACUCCCCGCCAAUCAUUAUCAAAACGUUCAUUUCGGAGACAGAGAUCUAGGCGAUCAAAUCCGCCGCCAUGACCGCGACGAGUCUCAUCAGAGUCUGCAGCGCGAACGUCCUCGUGCCAAUAGGAUCCCGCUGCCUUUGCCGGAAGCAGAGGAUGACUCCGAGGUCACCACCACGACAGAAGAUCCCAAAAAACCUCUGAAACCGCGCGUGUUGCCGCCGACCGAGCACAACCCGAAUCAAAUCGAUACGGUCACGGUACGAGUUCCGCCGAUAUACCGUGAGAAACGACCGAGAAAGUUGCAUCGUGAGCGACCGGAGCAACCUGACAGGGACGAGGAGGAAUACGACCAACCGAGGUACGAACAACCGAGGUACGAGCAACCGCGGGAAUUCAGCAGCAGGGAGCAGCAGGAGUACGAGCAGCAGACCGAGCAGCACGGCGAGCAGCACGGCGAGCAGGACACGGACGGCGACGACAGCUCGCUGGCGCCGCGCACCGAGCGCCCCGCCAAGCGCAAGCGGCGCCGCAAGCAGAGCCGCAAGACGCGCUCUACGCACGAGCACUACACGGCCGGAGAUUACGACUACUACGGUAACAAGGUACCAGUCUCGAAAGAAGAGAAGUUUUAUAUGGAGCUAACGGUACCGCCGCCGACCCUCGACUCAGAUGUAGCAAGACACGAGAAGCCUGUCGACAGCGGAUAUUUCCUGGAAGAUCAUGAAAGGAUACGAGAAGAUCCAAGCCACAGGAUCCGCGACGACGACAGGAGUAAUGAGUCAGGCGACUCGGAACGAGCUGACGAAAAGGAGCGAGCUGGCGACGAGGAGCGGAGUGCGGAGGACAAGGAGCGCUCCGUGGAGGACAAGGAGCGGGCGGGCGAGGAGGACCGCGCGGACGAGCGCGAGCGCACCGACAAGCUGAGCCCCAACGCGCGCGUGCGCGAGACUGGCUACCAGAGCAACUACGUGCGCGCCACCAACGUGCAGGUGGACAACCCGCGGCCCGCCUUCGCCGCCGUCUCCAGCCAGCAGCAGCCGACCACGGCGUGACCCGCCACACACACGCCAUAAUCGUAGUAAUUAUUUAUUGGACUCGUAAUCAAUGCCGACAUUACACAUGACGUAAUCAGAGCGCAUUGCAUGUGGUGUGUGUCGAAUGUGUGUCUGAGACGAUGCUUCCUGGCCGAGGCCGAGGAGCGCCUGCCUGUGAUUGUAGUUGUAAUUUGUAUCUAUAUGUUGCAUAUCGAUAGUCUUAUUAUUUUUAUACUUAGCUUUAGCGAAUUGUAAUAAGUUUCUAAAUAAACUGUUUCUAAAUAA